ACAUGUGAAACGAUUGUGAAAUGUCCAAACCGUAGGUUCCACAUAGGGAUGGAAGAAGUUUAAGCUGCCUUCUAGGAUCAAUUCCAGUAGUUGACCACUUCCCAAGUGUGAACCAAAGUUUUGGUUUCUUAACUUAUAAUUUCUCGUUAUAGCUUGUCAAUUGUAAACGCGUUAUAUGAAAAGAUUGAAGCCUUCAUGGAUCGUCAUAUUAAAUUGACCAACAUAUCCUUGAAUUGUGGGCUGAGUCACCUCGUUCAGGCCAUGAAAUCGAGAGCUGGAUAUGAAAGCUUGAACUGAAAAACAUAUACGCAGACAAAUUACACAUUCAUCAGUUUUCUUCCAUUGUCUUUAAUGUCAUCCUAAAUUCAAGAAAAAAAAUGAUCAAAUGGGUCAAUUGUCUAAGCUUGGGGAAGAAAGAGAACAGAAAUAGUUUCCUGUGAAGUAAUAUUGGGGCAAAUAUAAAGGAGCAAAUAGAAGUACAAGGGCUUUCUUUUUCCCCCCGAUUGGCACUUAACUGUGGCCUGUGAAACUACUAGUAUUAGCCAACUUUGAAGCAAAGAGGGCUCUCACUGGCUUAUGGUCAGAACUAUAAAUGUUAUCGUAACAGUGCAAACUUGCACUGAUUUUGUCAGGAUCUUCUAUCUUGAACAAGAUUCGAUCAGUCCAUGAUGGAACUCCUACCUGUCAAAGUUACAAGAAAACUAGAGAGAGGAGAGAAAAAUUCAUGCAGAAUUAUAUUAGCAAGAUAUUUUACAAAACAGAGAAUCCGUUGUUUGAAGAUAAUAUUGCACAUCAAUCCUUUUGAAGGAUAGAAUGUGAUCGUAGUUGCUACUUCCAGUAUCAUACGUUGGUUUGAAUUUGAGUGUUCCCUCACAAUUUCGGCCUCCUAAAGGAGUUGAUCUUUGAUUGUAAGCAGCUGCAACAGCAACAAGUAAACAGAAAAGUUCAGGUAUUUGGGCUAUGAUGAACACUAAUGAAAGAUACAUUGAGAAAAUGGUAAGAUUGACCGACUCUGUGGAGGUUUCUUUGUAUUAAGUUUCAGUGGGUGUGCAUUGAUGCCUUUGAAGCCUGUAAUUGAGGUCUCCCAACCCAACCAUACGGUAAUGUGGGCGGGCCUGGCGAGAGGGUUCCAAUACGGCAAUACCGGGAGAAGAGAUAUUGAGAUAUGUGCCUGCUCUGUGAAUUUCUCUCUUCUACAUUUCAAGCAUGAGCUGCUUCCACGACAAUAUCAAUCAAAAUCAUUAGUAGCUAACAGGGCUAUGAAUGAAAAAAUGACAGGUAUAAUUUUAUGGGUAAUUUGGGUCUAGGUAGUUCUAUAUCUAUUUAUGGGCCUUAAAUGGGCUUUUGCUAUGUUAAAUUGGUCUCGCAAUUGUACAGUAAAUUAGAUGGGUACCAAUGGCUUGCCGAAACUUUGUCGGCUUAGGUCACACUAUACCCAAAUUCCAUUUGUCUGAUUAUUAGUGCGAGAGUAUCAAAUGAACUUGGAGCUGGGAACGCUAGGCUUGGAAAAUUUUCUGUGCUAGUUGUUUCAAUCACAUCUGUGGGCAUAGGGGUUGUUGUUUGCAUGAUUGUGCUAUUCAACACGGAAGAUUACUUCCCUUACCUCUUCACCAACAGUAUUGCUGUUGCCGAAGAAACUACCAAGCUAGCUAUGUUGUUGGGGUUUACUGUACUCUUAAACAGCCUCCAACCGGUCUUAUCUGGUAAGUACAAGAAAUAGAAGUUUGAGGAAACACUGAAUUAAGCUAGACUUUACCGGCUGAUUGAAGUUACUCUUUUGUCAAUUCUUUUUCUUUUUCCUACACAAUUUGAUUCCUCCAGGUGUUGCUGUUGGAGCUGGAUGGCAAUCUCUUGUUGCAUACAUCAAUACUGGGUGUUACUAUAUUGUUGGAUUACCGGCUGGCAUACUCCUUGGGUUCACAUUUGGUUCUGGGGUUAUUGUAACUUUACUGUGCCUAUUCUCCCAAGGUUCCUGACAAGUGAUAACUUGUUGAUAAAUAGUUUACAAGUCAAUCCUUCCUGUUAAUUUUGCAAUCUCAAAUGCUAAAGAAUGUAAUAGUGGGAAGAUUUGAUUUCGAUAUCCCACUCUUCAUUUAUCUUUAUUAUUACUUCUGAACAAGGAAUUUAGUAUCCCUGCCCUUCAGUACUCUCUGUUCCUACCCUAAAUCAUGCUUUAAAAAACUAAUCCAUUUAACUUGUUCAAUUCAAAGCAAAUCUGAAUCAGAAGUGUUCUCAUAUGCAGGCUGAAGAAGCAGAGAGCCGUGUCAAGAGAUGGGGAGGAUUAACUGGAGGGCAUUGAUUGUACUUAGGGUCCGGAAAUUAUCGCUUGUUCAUGGGGAUCAUUUUGUUAAGCAUUUACGAGAACUUCGAAGGCAAUGUGUUAGCAAAAAUUGACUAGUUGGUUAUACUUGUAGGUUUCCACAAAUUAGCAGAAGCAGCUCAAAAUGCUGACAUGACCAUUUGUGAUUGAAUUCAUCUCCACCAAGCUGAAUAGUUCAAAUUUUCGCAUUCAGGAUUGAGUUGAAUGUUAAGUGCAUAUCCUUUAGGAUAAGUAAUUGGAAAAUGACAUUGUUUCAACUUUUUAUCGGGCUCGACUGCUGUCAAUUCUUGGAAACAGCCAUGGAUAUGGCAUCAAUGCAUGCCCCCUGUUUUUCUCUGGCAAGCUGAAAUCAACUCCCCACUACUAUAUACUUAUUAAUCACGUUUACAAGUAAGAAAUCCAUGCUUUCCUGCUUUGAAGAUGAAAACUGUAAUCUAUGUUUCAUUUUCGUUGUACGCAUUUCAAAAACUCGAUGACUUCGAAAGUUCAACGUUGCAUUAUUAUUGCACAAACAAUACGACGUCGUUUUAGCAUUUACGUGCUUAGGGUGCUAUCGUCUUUUCAUUUCUCGUUAUCCUCUCCCAGUCUCAGGUGCUCUCUCGACUCUUUCACAAAAAGACCACCAAAUUUCUAAUCACAAUCCAUUAAAAUUAAGAGAAAAAAUGGCUCUUUCUGUAUCUUCCCUUACAUCGUCCCUUUCUUCUCUAUCAUUUUCCUCUCAAAUUUCCAGGAAUCCAAACAGUAUUUCAUUUCCCCAACCACCGAAAUCCUUCCCCAUUUCUCUCUUCAAAACUUCCCGUUCCUUCUACAUCGCCGCCACCGUGGCAGCCCCUGCCGAAUCGGAGCCGGUAGAGAACCUCAAAAAGUACGUUAAAUCCAGGCUCCCGGGUGGUUUCGCGGCUCAGACUAUUAUAGGGACGGGCCGCAGGAAAUGCGCCAUUGCUCGCGUGGUUCUCCAGGAAGGCACCGGAAAAUUUAUCAUCAACUACCGUGACGCCAAGGAGUAUCUUCAAGGGAAUCCGUUAUGGCUGCAAUAUAUAAAAGUUCCAUUGGUGACAUUGGGAUAUGAAAGCAGUUACGAUGUAUUUGUGAAAGCUCAUGGGGGUGGCCUUUCAGGACAGGCUCAGGCAAUCUCCCUCGGCGUUGCUCGUGCAUUGCUGAAGGUGAGUGCGGACCAUAGAAGCCCGUUGAAGAAAGAAGGGCUUUUGACAAGGGAUUCCAGGGUCGUGGAGAGGAAGAAAGUUGGGCUCAAGAAGGCUCGUAAAGCUCCACAGUAUUCCAAACGUUAGGGGGUUGGACUUGGUAUAGUCAUUUAUAUGUCGGUUGGUUUGUAGAAAAUCUUGUCUUUAGCAUUUCUUGAUGAUUUCUUACAGCAUUUCCAAAUUGUCUGGACCCUUUUUUUUAUUUAUAUCUCAGUUUUCCUGCCUGCUCAAGAACAUUCUCUUGCAUUUCAAGUCAGGAAUAUUGAUCUGUAGUUUUCGCCUUCAAGUGAAUAAUCUUGUUAAUUACAUCAUGUUUAUUUUGCAAUUUAUUGAGAAAUAAACAACAUAACAAAGAAAAUGAGACGGCGGGAGUGUAUAUAUUAUAUAUUUACCAUCAAAAUCAACCUAUAUAACAAUCUCCAUAUCAUCAUUCUUGUCUUUCUUUAACCAUGUUUUGAUGAAUGGAGUAUCUCAAUCAGCAUUGCAUGUAAGGAUAUGUUAACAAAAGAUCAAUUAAAUAAUAGUAAAAGAUUUGGGUCAUUGUCUUUCACCUAUUGACUUAAUAGU